AUGCGAAUAGAUGUCAAUAGUCUUUUUUUUUUUUCAGAAUUAUCUCAAAGUUACGGACAGCCUCAGCCUCCAUAUCCAAAGCAAGAAGGCUACCCUCCUCAACCAGGCGGUUAUCCUCCUACUGGAGCCUCAGCACCACCACCACAACAAGGAUAUCCAUAUCCAAACUACCCAUCCCCUCCUCCACCUUACGAAGGAUCCAAUCCAGCUUUUGCUCCUCCAGCUCCAGGGUUUGCCUCUCCUCAGUCCGGCAUGUAUGGAACGGCUUAUGGUGACGAACCUCUCACCCACAACAGCGGAGAAACUGGCCCAUUUGAGUUCUCGGAGAAAACUAUUCGUCAUGGAUUUAUCCGGAAGGUGUACAGCAUCCUCAUGCUUCAACUGCUCGUUUCACUGAGUUUUAUUGCUCUCUUCACCUUUCAUAAUGGAACCAAGAAUUAUGUGAGGGGACAUCCUGAGAUGGUGUGGAUUGCAUUUGUUAUUGUUUUGGUGACGCUUAUUGCCAUGUCCUGCUGCACUAACGUCCGCCGAAAGGCUCCUAUGAAUUUCAUCUUUCUGUUUGUCUUCACGUUAGCAGAAAGUUUGAUUCUUGGAGUUAUUUCCAGCACUUACAAUCCAGAUGCAGUUCUGAUGGCUGUUGGACUUUGUGCAGCUGUGUGCUUUGGACUAACCCUCUUUGCUUUCCAAACCAAAUGGGACUUCACUGUAAUGGGUGGGGUUCUAUUUGUUGCUGUAAUCAUAUUGUUCCUGUUUGGUAUUGUUGCAGCUAUACUCCCUGGUAGCAAGACACUUACCUUGGUCUAUGCAUCUCUUGGUGCACUUGUUUUCUGUGUGUAUCUUGUUUAUGACACCCAGAUGAUGAUGGGAGGAAAACACAAGUACUCGAUCUCCCCAGAAGAAUACAUCUUUGCUGCAUUGAGCUUGUAUUUGGAUGUUAUUAAUAUCUUUCUGUACCUUCUCACAAUCAUUGGCAUUGCACGUGACUAAUAAGAAUAUUUGUUGUCUUUUCUGGUCAUUUAUUUUCUAAGAUAUACAUAUAUUCGUCCAAGUGGCUGAACCAGUGUAAGGUCAUAGUGUUUCUAUUCCUAACCAUUUUGGUUCCCUACUAUUUCAAUAAAAAAUGCAUAACAUUUGUGUAAUGUUCAUGAUUUGUCAUGUCAAGAAACAACCUACAGAAUUUAAAUAAAUAAUUUUAAUUUUGUUUUCCAAGUAUAUUUAUUUGAUCUUCAAUUUUAGAAAUAGUAGCGUUUGUUUAAUACAACUCUUUUGUACAACGCCUUCUCACAGUCUGCGUUGAAUUAAUCAUAACUACACCACUGGAUAAAAUGUGAUUGUUAUAGAAUAUGUUAACUAUUUUCUUUAAUCAGUAUAUAAAUGUUGAUUACUUUAAUGACAGUAUUUCUUUCCUGCUGUUUGACCAGUUUCUUGCAUUGAUCUCCUACCAACUUUGUUUGCACAUUAAAAACAAGCAUACUUUGUGCAGAGCUUAAAUGUAUCAUAAAAGUGAGAGGAUCUGUAUAAAUAUUAACAAGUUUUACAUACAUGCACAUUGUUUCACUGAAGUAUGCAUGUUUUGUAAGCUCUUAGAAGUUUAGAUCAAGUUAUGAAUGACUGAGAAAAAUGCUAUUACCUUCAAUUGAGCUCUAUCAGGCAAUUGUUGUUUCAGGCAGAAAGCAGAGCAUAGACAUAUAAUUGAUUAUAGAGAAUACAUGUUUAGUUUGGCAAAAUCUGUACUGAAAAAAUUAACAAACUUGAAGUCUCAUAGACUGAAAAAAUUGCCUUUCAGAAAUUUCACAAAGUAGGCACUGUUUUGAAAGUCAGUGCUCCAUGCAUGCCAAUUUUUAUCAUUGAGAAAAACAUACUUCACCAGCUUUUGUCUCUAUAUAAAUAUAAUUGUGUAAAUCAUGAUAUAUUAUGGCAAAUUCAUUUUAUACAUUAGUCACAUUCCUAUCUUCAAAAAUCUAGAAGUUGUGAGAGCAAAAUUGUUAUCAAUUGAAUUGGUAACAUUUGUUCAUGCUAGCUUUAUAACACUUGACAACGUUGUGUUGCUGUUGUAGUGGGCAGUACUGUUGUAUAACCAUGGCUGUUGUCGAAGAAAUGUUAAACAAGAGAUUAGUGAGAACCAUUUGAGAGUGAUAAUAAUGUGCUGUCAAGUUGGAAAUCACUUGGAUUUCUCUCCCUGACAAGUAAAAUGUAUUUUCUGACUGAUAGAGGGAUCAUUUCUUAAGCAAAUAAAUACAUAAAUUUUCAUGUAGUGUGUGGUUAGAUCAUAGUCUAGUUGUGUACCAUAUACACAAGUUCAUGGACAUGUAUUUAAGGCAAACGAGGAUAAUUAAAGAAUUCUGUGUUGUAGAAUGUAAUAUUUAAAAGCAGAACACUAAUGCAUUGUUAAUUAAUCUGUAGGCGUAAUGUGCAAGCAAAAAAUGGAUUGUAUGAGUUGUGUAAUGUGGAUUGAUGAAUCUUUUGAGAUCUUUCUAAAACAUUCUAUUGAAUAUAAACUAUAUUGCCUGUUUGCACAAUGGAAACUGUGAAAAACAGGGUUGUUGCAGUUCUUGCAAGUAGAUGAUGGAAUUAAAUCCAGAUGUAUUGGUAUUGGCUGGGUCUUAAUAAAAAUUUGAAAAAAAAGGUAGUUAUUAACAUUGUUGCUCUUUUGGGAUUUAUUUUUAUUUCAUUAGAUUCUUAGUAAUUUAAAAGAUGAGAGAAAGCAAGAGUACAGAUUGUGAAUAAUUCUGAUGUGUAUUUGUGUGAAAUAUAUAAGACUUGUCAGACAGCAGAGGCUUUGCUCUGAUGGAAAGCACUAACAUCAGAGUAUGUAAGUUUUGAAGAACAUUUUAGAGUUUAAAGUGAAUUAGGUAAUUGCUUCAUUACAAUAUUUUUAUGUACCUAUCUUUAAGUAUAUACUCUAAUGAAUGUAUUGUUACUGAAUUGUGACUAUGUUACAAAACAAUCAUUAUUUAUGUCUCAUAAGUCUGAACUUAAUGUAAAUAAAAUGUAUUUGUACUGGUCAUCUUUUUCUUCUGUUUCCUUUCAUUUCAUCCUGACUGGAAAGUUAUUC